AUGCGUCAAUCGCCUAUACAAUCUUUUAAACCUAUUUCCUUCCGAUCCAUCCAUCUUCAAGCACCCGCCAUCGCUUCCACAACUAUCAAUUCACGUCUGACCUCUUCGAGAUCCCUCACCAAUCAUCUUCUAUCACGACGGACAUUUGCGUCCACUUCGAGGGGAUUGCUGCGAUCGACGUACUUCCCCAAAGGGAAUGGAGGAUAUAGCAAUUACGGAGGCAGUGGCGGGAGAGGUGGUGGAAAUUGGUUUUCUAGAUUAAGAGGCAGAAUAGAUAGAAUACCAACUAUGACACUUGUAUAUGGUUUGAUAGGUAUAAAUGGUGGUGUGUUCUUAUUAUGGCAAUAUGCUCUUUCAAGUGCUCAAAGAUUUAGAGAUCCAACUUUAUUCAAAUUCCUACAACAAAAUUUCAUCUUGAAUGAAGUCAACGUAUUUUCUGGUCGAGUAUGGACAUUGGUCACUUCGGCUUUUUCACAUAUGUCAGGAACACAUAUAUUCGUUAAUUGUUUGGGAUUGUACUUCUUAGCUCCUGCAGCUGCGGGUCUAAUGGGUUCAUCAGCUUUCCUUGGUUUAUAUCUAGGUGCCGGAGUGUUCUCUUCUCUCACUUCAUUAACAUAUCAUAGAUUGAAGAAAGAUAGAUGGUGGGGAAGUGAAGGUGCUUCAGGUGCAAUCUACGCUUGUUUAUCUUUUUACGGAGCAAUGUUUCCUCAAUCUACAGUAUUGAUGUUUUUCGUCGUACCGAUGCCUGUAUGGGUGGCGAUCAGUGGUAUAUUUGCUUGGGAUUUCUACGGUGCAUUGUUCAGACCUAAUUCAGGAACUGAUUCAGCGGGUCAUUUGGGUGGUAUAGUAUAUGGUUUAGGUGCUGCUUUGGCUAUGAGACGAGGUGGAUUCAUAAGGAUGUUAAGAGGUGGAAGAAGGUGGUAA